GUGGUUAGUGCGGUUAUUGGCGGGUGCACCAAAAAUCCAUAUAUAUAAUAGAAGUAUGCAGCAUACAUAAGAACAAUCUUCAUGGUUUACAAACAACUACAAACUCUUGGAAGAUGUGGAGGCUGAAGAUCGGUGAGGGAGCAAGUAAUCCGCAUUUGUACAGCACCAAUAAUUUCAUAGGACGACAAACAUGGGAGUUUGAUGCAGACUAUGGAACGCCAGAAGAGAGAGCUGAGGUUGAGCAGGCUCGUCUUCAUUUCUGGAAUAAUCGCCACAAGAUUAAACCUAAUGGUGAUCUCAUCUGGCGUUUGCAGUUUUUACGGGAGAAGAAUUUCAAGCAAACCAUACCCCAAGUAAUGGUGGAAGAAGGCGAAGAAAUUAGCUACGAAACAGUGACAACUACACUGAGAAGGGCUGUCCACUUUUUUGCAGCCUUGCAGGCUGAUGAUGGUCACUGGCCUGCAGAAAUUGCUGGACCAUUGUUUUUCCUUCCGCCUUUGGUCAUGUGUGUUUAUAUUACCGGACAUCUCAAUUCUGUAUUCCCACCAGAGUAUUGCAAGGAGAUCUUCCGCUACAUUUACUGUCAUCAGAAUGAGGAUGGUGGCUGGGGAUUACAUAUUGAGGGCCACAGCACCAUGUUUUGUACCGUCUUGAACUACAUUACAAUGCGCAUACUUGGAGAAGGAGCUGAUGGUGGUAAAUACAAUGCAUGUGCUAGAGCAAGAAAAUGGAUCCUAGAUCAUGGAAGUGCAACCGCGAUACCUUCUUGGGGCAAGACAUGGCUUGCAAUACUUGGGGUAUUUGAUUGGUCUGGAUGUAACCCGAUGCCCCCAGAAUUCUGGCUUCUUCCUUCUUGGCUUCCUAUGCAUCCAGCAAAAAUGUGGUGCUAUUGCCGGAUGAUUUACAUGCCUAUGUCAUAUCUCUACGGGAAGAGAUUUGUUGGGCCAAUCAAUCCUCUCGUAUUGCAAUUGAGAGAAGAGCUCUAUUUACAACCUUAUGACCAAAUUAAUUGGAUGAAAGUACGGCAUAAUGUUGCCAAGGAAGACAUCUACUAUCCUCAUCCUUUCAUACAAGAUUUAAUAUGGGAUGGUCUGUACAUAUUUCUGGAGCCUUUACUGAAUUGUUGGCCAUGUAAAAGAUUAAGAGAAAAAGCUUUGCAAACAACUAUGAAACAUAUACAUUACGAAGAUGAAAAUAGUCGGUACAUCACUAUUGGUUGCGUGGAGAAGGUUUUGUGUAUGCUUGCUUGCUGGGUUGAAGAUCCUAACAGUGAAUAUUUCAAGAAGCACCUAGCUAGGAUCCCAGAUUAUUUGUGGGUUGCUGAAGAUGGAAUGACAAUGCAGAGUUUUGGCAGUCAAGAGUGGGAUACUGGUUUUGCAAUACAAGCAUUAUUGGCUAGCGAUCUUACUAAUGAGAUCACUGAAACUCUUAUGAAAGGGCAUCACUUUAUUAAAGAGUCGCAGAUUAAAGAUAAUCCUUCUGGAGAUUUUAAGAGCAUGUAUCGUCACAUGUCUAAAGGAUCAUGGACCUUUUCAGAUCAAGAUCAUGGAUGGCAAGUUUCUGAUUGUACUGCAGAAGGUCUAAAGUGUUGCCUUCUUUUUUCACUGAUGCCUCCAGAAGUUGUUGGCGACAAAAUGGAAGAUAUACAAUUUUUUGAUGCUGUCAAUAUAAUACUAUCCUUACAGAGUAAAAAUGGCGGUCUACCAGCAUGGGAACUAGCAGGGUCCUCAAAGUGGUUGGAGAUGCUCAAUCCUACAGAGUUCUUCGAAGGCAUUGUCAUCGAAUAUGAGUAUGUUGAAUGCACUUCAUCUGCAAUAGACGCACUGACGAUGUUUAAGAAAUCAUACCCUAAGCAUAGGAGGGUAGAGAUUGAAGUUUUUAUAGAAAAUGCUAUACGGUACCUUGAAAAUGUACAAACACCAGAUGGUUCAUGGUAUGGUUGUUGGGGUGUGUGCUUUACAUAUGGUACUUGGUUUGCUCUGGGAGCUCUAACAGCAGCUGGAAAGACAUACGACAAUUCUGAAUCUAUUCGAAAAGGUGUUGAUUUUCUUUUAAAAAUACAGUGCAGUGAUGGUGGUUGGGGAGAAAGCUACCUUUCUUGCCCUAAAAAGAUAUAUACACCAUUAGAAGGAAAUCGAUCAAAUCUGGUACAAACUGCAUGGGCCAUGAUGGGUCUAAUUUCUUCUGGACAGGUCAGUGAGCCAAGAGAGACGCAACACCUCUUCAUCGUGCUGCAAAAUUGCUCAUUAAUUCGCAAAUGGAAAACGGUGAUUUCCCCCAACAAGAAAUCACCGGAGUUUUUAAUAGGAAUUGUACGUUACACUACACAUGUUAUAGAAACAUAUAUCCAUUGUGGGCGUUGGCCAAGUAUCGCAACAUUGUCAAGUGACAUCUAAAAGCUUCCAAGAUCGAAGAUUCGGUUAACAGGAUAUUAGUCAUAGACUCGACUGAUAUAUAAAUCAAAAUAAUAUGAAUAAAUGUACGAAUUCAUUACUAUUACUAUUCUUUGUCUCGGUAUGCAUGUGUGCUCAUCAAUUAUCUAUGAUGGGCGAUAUUACAAAUUAAGAAAUUCAUCAAGCUAACUAAAUAAAUAAAUUGU